AUGCCGUCAGAAUUCCACAGGGUUCCUUCAUGGCCAAUCUUUGAGGUCAUGAACGAUCCAGUUGGCCAUGUUAUGGGGCCUUGUCCCAAUCCAGAAUUCUGCGUUGGAGAACAUGAAUUUUGUUCUCCCUUCACAGAAACAGAGGGCUCCUCUCUGUAUCUAUCCCCCUCUUAUUUGCCCUCUGGGUAUUCGCCGAAUCUCGUGGAGAUUCAUAACUCCAAGAAUAGCGAAUUGGACCCCAUUGAAACUUUCCUGAUGGAGAUUGAUGGGUUCGAGCAGAUCUCAAGCUGCAAUGAUAAGGGGAGGACUCCUAGCCCUACUCCAUCCCUAUACUCGGGGAUCAGCAAUGAUGUCUCAUCAGUCCAAGCGUCUUUAGUCCUGCCAUUCGAGGGAAUGGAGGUCGAUAAUAAACUCAGCCUCCCUCAUCUUCUUAAGGCAUAUGGCGAGGCCAUGGAAAACGAGCAGAGCGACCUCCUCGAUGUGAUCUCAGGAUGCAUCGAUGAGAGCGCAAACCCACUUGGCAACGUGAUGGAUCGCCUCGCCUUCUACAUGUUCGACAGGAAACAAGGCCUUAAUUACAUAAAACAAGAGGCUUUCAAGAACUUUAAGCCAGCAUCAUAUGCAAUAUACCAAAUAUUGCCCCACGGAAGAUUCGCCCAUUUUGCAGCUAAUUCAGUUAUUCUUGAAUCCUUGCCCAAACACAUCAAGGCCGUGCAUGUUAUAGACUUCGACAUGGGAGAAGCAUUCCAAUGGUGGGCGUUGAUUGAGUCCAUGGCAAUGGUGAGGAGACGUGUAGCUCUCAGGAUAACUUCAAUGAAAUGGGAUGACGAGAAAGGUUUGAUCGAAUUCGAAGAGGCGAAGAGGAGGCUUCAAGAGCAAGCAAAGGCUGUUGGUGUGGAGUUGGUGGUGGAAGAGUCGAGGAUCGAUGCGUUAGCGAGUGAGAUGAAGAGACUAAGCCAAAGAGGAGGUAAUAAUAAUGAUAUGAGAUCACAAUGGAUGGUCUUCAAUGUAACGAAGGGUCUUCCACACACGGGAAGGAGGAGAAGCGAGAGGCUAGUUGGUGAGUACUUGAGAUUGGCCAAAGAAGUCAUUGCACAUCCCGCUAUCGGAGGCAUAAUAACUUCGGGCCGAGGAGAAACUAGCUGCGAAUCCCGAAACUGCUCGGGUUUCGGCGAGUUCUUUGAACAGAACAUCAGGUAUUACCAUGCAAUUUUGCAAUCAAUUGAGUCAGAUUUCCCAAGUCAGCAGCUUGUAGAGGCAAGGCUAGCUGUGGAGUCUCUUUUUGUCUCGCCCUUUGUUUCUUGCCUUGACUGGUUCCAAACUUGGGAAGAAAUGAGGGAACGUUUGGAUGUUCCACUGGGGUCUUGUUACGUGGAUGGUUGGAGAAUAAGCCAAGCAAGUUUGAUGGAAGCCAUGAGGCUGAUCAGUGGGAAGGAGUCAUAUUCAGUGGCAAUUGGAGAGAAUGAGAACGAGAUGGUGUUGGAAUGGAAAGAUUCCCACAUGCCUCUGGUCAAAUUUUCAGCUUGGGGGAUUCCCUCUAUGUUUAAAGCAAUUGUAUAG